GAAAGAGGCACUAAUCGAUUUCCUAUCUUUCUUCCGGAAAUAUUUUGGAUAGUAAGGCUGUUUUUGUUUACUCAAACAUAUGACGGGACAUUUGGAUAGCAUCUAUUGGCGGCAUAAUUGACUACGUUAUUUUCACCUAAAAAUGCCGAGCACUAAGGGUGAUGCGAUGAGGGGCUUGGCAGUAUUCAUUUCGGACAUCCGAAACUGCAAAAGCAAAGAAAGUGAAAUCCGACGCAUUAACAAAGAGUUGGCUAAUAUAAGAUCGAAAUUCAGAGGUGAUAAAACCUUGGACGGUUAUCAGAAGAAGAAAUAUGUUUGCAAAUUGCUUUUCAUAUUUCUUCUCGGUCAUGAUAUUGAUUUCGGUCACACCGAAGCUGUUAAUUUGUUAUGUUCCAAUAGGUACACUGAAAAACAAAUAGGAUAUUUAUUUAUAUCUGUGCUUAUUAAUGAGUCCCACCCUCUUAUGAACCUCGUUAUAUCACGACUGAAGGAUGACUUAAAUAGUCGGAACCCUGUAUUCAUGAACCUUGCCUUACAGUGCAUCGCUAAUAUUGGUAGUCGGGAGAUGGCUGAAAACUUUGCUGAUAAAAUCCCCAAAUUACUUGUGUCUGGCGAUACGAUUGAUUCAAUUAAACAGAAUGCUGCUCUGUGUUUAUUGAAGUUGAUUAGAGUUGCACCUGAACUUGUUACGUAUGAUGACUGGACUGUUAGAGCUAUGCAUCUUCUUAAUGAUCAACAUUUGGGGGUUGUUACAUCAGCUGUUAGUCUAAUUGAUGCUUUGGUAAAAAGGAGCCCUGAAGAACACAAAGGAUGUGUAUCACUCGCUGUUUCACGGCUUAGCAGGUUGAUCACGUCUUCAUAUACCGAUCUACAGGAUUAUACGUAUUACUUUGUCACGGCUCCUUGGCUGUCGGUAAAAUUACUACGCUUGCUACAGAAUUAUCCUCCUCCAGAAGACAAUACUGUCCGCGCUAGGCUAGCAGAAUGCCUAGAUACAAUUUUGAAGAAAGUUCAAGAAGCUCCAAAGUCAAAGAAAGUACAACAUCCCAAUGCUAAAAAUGCUGUUCUGUUUGAAGCAAUUAAUCUGAUUAUCCACAUGGAUAGUGAUCCAAAAUUACUUGUCCGCGCUUGUAAUCAAUUAGGACAGUUCUUACAACAUAAGGAAACAAAUCUACGUUACUUGGCUUUGGAAUCUUUAUGCUUGUUAGCUACGAGUGAAUUCAGUCACGAAGCGGUUAAAAAACACCAGGAAACAAUUGUUAACGCUCUCAAAAGUGAACGAGAUGUUUCAGUUCGUCAAAGAGCUGUUGAUCUUUUGUACGCUAUGUGUGAUAGAACGAAUGCACAGGCUAUCGUAGGUGAGAUGCUCAGUUACUUGGAAGUGGCAGACUAUGCAAUCCGUGAAGAAAUGGUACUUAAGGUCGCUAUAUUAGCUGAGAAAUAUGCUACUGAUUAUUCAUGGUAUGUGGAUACUAUAUUGAAUUUAAUAAGAGUUGCUGGCGACUAUGUGAGUGAUGAGGUUUGGCAUCGUGUUAUCCAGAUUGUUAUAAAUCGUGAAGAUGUUCAAGGAUAUGCAGCGAAAACAGUAUUUGAGGCUCUACAAGCUCCUGCUUGUCAUGAAAAUAUGGUGAAAGUGGGAGGUUAUAUUUUGGGUGAAUUCGGUAAUCUUAUUGCUGGUGACCCGAGAUCAGCACCCAAAGUGCAAUUCAAUUUAUUGCACAGUAAAUUUCAUCUUUGUACUCCAACUACACGUCAACUAUUGUUAUCCACUUAUAUGAAAUUUAUCAAUUUGUUCCCUGAAAUCAAAUCUGAUAUACAAUCUGUCCUACAGAAUGAUAGUAAUUUGCGUAGUUCAAAUGUAGAAAUACAACAACGAGCUACAGAAUACUUGGCAUUAUCACGGAUAGCUACUGAUGAUGUAUUGGCUACCGUAUUGGAGGAAAUGCCACCAUUUCCUGAACGGCAGUCUAGUAUUCUGGCUAAACUUAAAGCUAGAAAUCCUACAGGUGAUGGAAAUGUAUCUAAAUCUGAGGCACACGGAGAAGGUCACACUCAGAAUGCAGCUAAAAUCAACAAUGAUAGUAACCAUAUAAAUGCUACUGAUACUGGUGGAGAAGCGGAUUUAUUGAAUUUCGGCAACCUCGGUAGUGCUAACAGCGAGGUUCGUGCAAAAUCGAAUGCAUCUAACCUAUUAGUUGAUAUAAUGGGUAAUGGUAUGGCGACCACAGAUAUUAACAACUUACUUCAUGCUGGUGACGAUCAGUAUAUGAAUCAUAAAGAAUUCGUAAACUUUCUUAGUCGACAUAAUGCUAUUUUAUAUGAAAAUUCGCUUAUUCGUAUCGGUAUUCGUAUGGAAUCUCGUGGACAGUAUUGUCGUUUGGGUGUAUAUUAUGGGAAUAAGUCUCCACAUCAUUUCACUGUAUUCUGUACUCAAGUAACCUGUCCAGAUGCAAUGGAUGUGAACGAAAUGGUUAAGGCUAUAUCAAUUGAACUUCAACCUGGACCUGAUCGAUUGGAAGCAGGAACACAAGUUCAACAAGGAUUGAAUGUUGAGUGUUUACGUCCUUUCACAGAAGUAGUAAAACUAGAUGUUUCAUUCUUAUGUGAUGAUUCAAAACAGCACUAUACACUAAUGCUUCCAAUCACAUUAAACAAAUUCCUUCAGCCUGCAGAAAUGGAUCAAGGAACAUUCUUUUCACGAUGGAAAUUAUUAUCUCAACCGGGCCAAGAAUGUCAAAAGAUUAAUCCAUCUCGUUUUCCAAUGGAAACUUCAUCAAUGAGAAAUAUUACUUGUACUUCUCAAGUAAACACUAUUAAUACCACCGCUUCAGUUUAUGGUCACAACUAAACUAGCUAUUUAAUUGGUGAAUGGUGACUAACAGUGGAAUCCAGGAUGCGCAUUUCGUCCUAUUUGGGACUCGUCACUGGAUUUACCUUCAUUUGUCAGUGAGUGAUGAUGUUCCCACCGAGGCUGGAACCCAGUGUCCAUGGUUUCAAACGCCAUCAAUUAAAUACUAACUAAAUGCUCAGGUGUUGUCGAAGCAUCUGCACAAGAAGCAGACAUGUCAACCUGAGAUCGAGCACUUCGGUCCAAUCAGUCGACGGGAAAAUCAAAAAUUCAAUUAAACUAGCUAUUCAUCGUAAACUGUGAGUUUCAUUCGAGUAUCUGAAAAAAAGUAUCAAACUGUAAUAUCGACACCUGAUUCGUCAUAUUUUUUCAUAUGAUAGUGCAUCUUUUCCCAUAAUAGUAGUAGUAGUAACAUGCAAUCGAGAGUAUCCGAGAUGUAUAACAGAUGUAGUUACUAAGAUGGUCCUGAAAGCUCAUUGACUGUUACCUUCGAGAUCAAUAGGGUGGUGGUGGUAUUAUCCGUAACACUUUUCUCAUUGUUCUCCUUUUUGUAUUCAUAGACUAGAAACUUUGGAUUCAGUCUGCUAGAUGGUAUUGAUCCCAACCCGCAAAAUAUUGUUGGUGCAGGCAUUGUUGUCACCAGCAGUCAACAAGUCGGUGUACUUCUUCGACUGGAACCUAAUACACAGUCAAAGAUGUAUCGUGUAACAAUUCGAAGUACAAGAGAUAUUGUAUCAUCUCAUUUGGUUAAACUCAUAGAACAAAUAAUCUGAACAAUGUUUUUUUGCAGGGCAAAUUAUACUUGAUCUUGGCUCUCUCUCUACUCAACACCUGUGCUGGAAUGUUCAUCUUUACUUUAUAUAUGUGAUGCACAGCGAUGAUGCUGAUCACUAUAAUGAUGAAUUAAUUUAUUCCGAUUCCCUGUGCACAUUUAAUUUCAUUCCAUAUAUAAUAUAUAUACCAUUAAUUCAUAUUUCUUUGAUUAGGAGUUAUCUUAUAUAUAUAAUUCAUGCUCUGUUAACUUGAUUUGUUUUGUUCAUUACGUAAUCUCAUUUAUCCUGUACUCUACAUAUACAAAUCUUUCAACUUACUUUUAUUUACCAUCACAAAUAAAAAUUAUUCACAUGUUUUUAUGAACACUACCCAACCGUCGCCGCCGCCUCCCCCGUUCCCUUUACUCUCAGGUUGAAUUCAAUCAUUCAGUUAAAUGACACAUAAUAUAAUAUACAUUUCGCGUUUUAUUUAAAAAGAAAUUCUCUCUCCCUUCGCUAUCUAAUUUGUUUUCAUUCAUUCUCUCUCAUUCAAAUUAUUACUCUGAAAAAAGGCGAAAGAAAUAUAAUAUUCAUCAUCAAAUGCAUUUAGAUUGUCAAUCAGUAAAAAGAAUAUGUUAUUUGUCUUCUGUUGUUGCGUUACCUCUUACUGUAGCACACUCUGUUUGCUGUGUGUUCAUAGUAAGAGUCGGACAGAAAUUUUCUGUCGUUUUAAGACUACUUUGUUUGUUUGUUUGUUUUUAGAAAAAAACUUUUCCAUUUAUUUUCUCUUGUUUGACUGACUACCUUUGGUAUGUCUGCGUGUGUAUGUGAUUUUUAUCAUUUCAGCUUGUGAUUGUCUACAAUAUACUACAAUAAUAAUUGCUAUCAAGUCAGUUGUAUUUUUUAUUAUCAUUUAUCCAUCAUAAAACGAAUUCCAAAUGUCUACCUACGUGUAUGUUGCUAUGCUUUUAUCCCUCUUUUUUUAUUCUGGCACAUUUCAUCUCCUCCUCUCGUUGAUUUCUUCUUCCUCUGUCUUUUCGUUUGUUUGUUCGUUUGUUCUUUUUUUCUCUCUCUCUCUCUCCCUGUCGCUGUUGUCAUCUCUAUGUGAUUGCAUUUCAAAGGAAUAUGAGUACUCUUUCGAAAUUGUCUCUUGUCAUUCUUACAUAUACAUAUAAAUUGUUUCAAGUAAUUAGUUCACCUUUUUUCUUUAUAUAUAUAUAUAUAUAUAUAUAUAUAUAAAUAUGACUAUGACUCAAUUAUAACAGUGUGAUUAACCUUUUUUUGUGAUUUUUUUCUCUCCCUUUUUUUCGUUUUUUCUUUCUUUAUUUCAUUAUUGUUGCUAGUUCUGUUGUUGUUAUUGUUGAUGUUGUCUUUGUUGCUGUUGUCUUUUCCCGCUUCUAGAUCCCUCGAACACAAAUAUAUAUAUAUAGUAGUAGUUCGAGAUUUAUUAUGACACUGAUUUGAAAAUAUACAUAUAAUAUACAAUACAGGAUCAUAUGAAUUUAUUUAUUGUUAAUGC